CAAACCUCGUUCUUUCAAAACCUCAAAAUGUCCGUAAUCUCCGAGCUCCAUCGGGCUUGAAUAGAAGUUAGAACUCUCUCUUCGCACCACGACGGACUUUCAAUCACCACUGCAUCCCCCCAACAGUCAUGCUUCGUCUCCUCUGCAAAUCCAAACCCACACCACUAUCUUCUUAUUCACCCCACUACACUUGCGCAACAACCCAGCACUCUUCAACUCAUCUCUCCGUUCCCCAAAUCACUCCCAACUCAUUCACUCCAUAUAGGUUUCCUCUAAAUUCCCCAAAUCCACUCAAAACCUCAACUGGGUUCCGAUUUUUCCACCAAUACGGCCGAAAAUCGCAGUUUUACGCUUAUGAAAACCCCGUAAACCGGGUUUUCUUACCUGGGUGUUCGCUGAAUUGGAGAAAUGUUGGAAAUUGGAAAGGAAAUGGAGUUGGGUUUAUGAGGGUUCGGAGUUUGGUGGGUGGUGUGACGAGGGGUUUCUGUAGUGAAUCAGAUAGAGAGGUAAUGAGUUAUGAUGUUGUCAUUGUUGGAGCUGGACCUGCUGGGCUAUCCGCUGCUAUACGGUUGAAGCAAUUGUGUCGCGAAAAGGACGUGGAUUUAUCGGUUUGUGUUGUUGAAAAGGGUGCCGAAGUGGGUACUCAUAUCCUAUCGGGUAAUGUAUUCGAACCUCGGGCACUAGAUGAACUACUACCGCAAUGGAAGCAGGAAGGGGCACCAAUAGAUGUCCCUGUUUCAUCAGAUAAGUUUUGGUUUCUCACCAAGGAUCGUGCAAUUUCCUUUCCAAGUCCUUUUGACAACAAAGGAAACUAUGUUAUAAGUUUGAGUCAAUUAGUACGUUGGUUGGGAGAGAAAGCUGAAGAAUUGGGGGUUGAAGUGUACCCAGGCUUUGCUGCCAGUGAGAUUUUGUAUGAUGCUGAUGACAAGGUUAUUGGCAUUGCAACUAAUGAUAUGGGAAUCGCUAAAGAUGGUUCAAGAAGGGACAAUUUCCAAGGUGGUGUAGAAUUGAAAGGCCGCCUCACGCUUCUUGGUGAAGGAUGCCGAGGGUCAUUAUCAGAGAAAAUGAUCGAAAGAUACAACUUGAGGGAGAAGGUACAAGGGCAACAUCAAACUUAUGCUUUGGGAAUUAAAGAGGUGUGGGAAGUUGAUGCAAGCAAACAUGAACCUGGUUUUGUUCUUCACACCUUGGGUUGGCCUUUGGAUAACAAGACCUAUGGGGGAUCCUUUCUGUACCAUAUGAAGGAUAGGCAGGUUUCUAUUGGCCUUGUUGUUGCUUUGAAUUACCACAACCCUUUCUUGAAUCCUUACGAGGAGUUCCAGAAACUUAAACACCAUCCAGCUAUCAAUCGUCUUCUUGAAGGAGGAACUGUUCUCCAAUAUGGUGCCCGUACAUUGAAUGAAGGCGGGUUUCAGUCUAUUCCAUAUCCAGUAUUCCCGGGAGGAGCAAUUAUUGGGUGCUCAGCUGGCUUUUUAAAUGUACCAAAAAUAAAGGGAACGCAUACAGCCAUGAAAUCAGGAAUGUUAGCAGCAGAAGCUGCAUUUGAUGUACUUCAUGAAGGUUUGAAUAUGGACGCAUACUGGAACAACUUGAAGAAUUCAUGGAUAUGGGAAGAACUUUACAGGGCUCGAAAUUAUCGACCAGCUUUCGAGUAUGGACUUUUUCCUGGUUUGGCUUUAAGUGGUUUAGAACGCUACAUAUUCAAGGGAAGGUUUCCAGUGACAUUGAAGCAUGGCAAACCUGAUCACGAAGCAACAGAUGAGGCACACUUACACUCCCCUAUUCAAUACCCAAAACCAGAUGGGAUCGUAUCUUUUGAUGUGCCAACUUCUUUAUACAGGAGCAACACAAAUCAUGAACACGACCAGCCACCUCAUCUUCGGUUGAGAGAUCAAAGCAUCCCUGAACAUGUAAAUUUGCUGAAAUAUGGUGGACCUGAGUCCAGAUAUUGCCCUGCACGUGUAUACGAGUAUGUCGCCGAUGAUAACAGUCAGCUGAAGCUGCAUAUUAAUGCUCAAAAUUGCUUACACUGCAAGGCUUGCGAUAUCAAAGACCCAAAACAGAAUAUCGAAUGGACCGUGCCAGAAGGUGGAGGUGGCCCAGGCUACUCGAUCAUGUAGACUUUUUGCUUUGAUUUUGUUUCAAACCAAAUAAAAUCGACAUUAUGUUAUUACAAUAAAAUCAAUUACAUUGCAUUGCAAAAAAAAAAAGUUAACCUGUAGUGAGGUUUUCUGCAAAACUGUGUAUCCUGAAUUUCUUUUUAUUGGAAUUCCUUGGCUAUA